CACCUUCCCUCAAGCUCACUCAUAAGGUCUAGCGAGAAUAUAAUACGACGAAUGGCUGAUAGUCCACCCACGAAACGGAUGAAGUUGGAGUCGUCACCAGUCCUUGCAUCAGACAGUACUCGUCCGCCCGAGUUGGACGAACAUGAGGAAGAAGAGCUUAAUGGAGAACGAUGCAGUAUCUGUUUGCAGCCGUACGCAGACCGUACAAUGAUACCCACAUGCUCGCAUGAGUUUUGCUUCGAGUGUCUCCUCAUCUGGACUGAUCAGUCUCGCCGUUGUCCCCUGUGCUCGCAAGACGUCGGGCAGUAUCUCAUGCACAAUGUCCGGUCGAAGUUCGACUACCAGAAGCAUUACUUGACACCGCUGCGCACUUCCCCUCAACCUGAAGCAGCUACCAUUGUUCGUGCAGAAGCACGCAGACGGGCAGAGAGGCGCAGAGAAGUCGAAUGGGGACGGAGGAGGAGACAGCGCGAAGAGGCAGAUGAAUUAGAGCAGGCUAUUGAGAAAAGGAGAUGGGUGUACAGGAACAAUCUCUAUGCCAAACAUGUAGCGUCCAACCCAUAUACGCGUUACCGUCCAUUCCCAACUCCUGCGCAAUUUGCAGCUUCCCAAGACAUGAUCUCGAGGGCUACAGUAUUCAUACGUCGGGAGCUACAUGUUUGGGCGGCUUUGGACGUGGAGUUCCUUACCACCUUCACAGUCUCUCUUAUGAAGUCAUUAGACAUACGCUCUGAACCUGCUGUGCGGCUUCUUUCUGAAUUUCUGGACAUGGAUGCUGAGCAUGGACGAGAACGUGCUAAUGCUGAACAUUUUGCGCACGAACUCUAUUCUUACCUGCGGUCCCCCUAUCGUGACCUCUCAGCUUACGAUAACAACGUACAGUACGACACACCCGAUCACGUUCCCCCACCGAAUGCUCCUGGGCGCAGAACACGGUGGCGGUCACAAUCACGUUCCCAUUAUCAACGCCCGCGUUCUCGAGAUGUUCCAUCAGCGCAUUCUUCGCCCCGCCGGUAUCUGCCGACCUCGCGGUCCACAUCUUGCGAUCCCUCACCCCGUCUCAACGAAUCGCG